CAGAGUUGUGAAGUUUUACUUCAGUGCUUACAAUGGCAUUAGAACCAUCUAAGCUGGAGUUGUUCUUCCAGAGAGAUUCUGCACUGACAGAGUGCAUGCGUAUGCGUGUGGAGAGCCUCCGGCAAAAAAAUGCAAAGCCGCAGGAUGGCGAAAAGCUGCUGCAGCCUAACGAGCAUGUGUACCGCCUGGAUUUCUACCAGCAGAAGCUAAGGUUCCUCAAGUGGAAGGUCCAGCUGGAAGUUCCAGGAAAGAUCACCAUCACAGGAACCUCUCAGCACUGGACACCAGAUCUUACACCGCUUAUGACCCGCCAGCUGUUGGAUCCCGCAGGCAUGUUCUGGAGAAAAGAGGAUGAUGAUGAACAGGCCGUUCACUGUAUGGAGGCCGAUGCCCAGGAAUUUGGUGAGAGGAUUGCAGAACUGGCAAAAGUCAGGAAAGUAAUGUAUUUCCUCAUAGCCUUCGGUGACGGUGUGGACCCUAGUAAUAUAAAGUGCUCCACUGUAUUUAAAGUUUAAUCAUGUUACUGUGUCAUACUGCUACUGGACUCUGGACUUAGCAUAUUUAUGAACACUGAUCUGAAAAUUACUUGCUUGCUUGAAACAUUUUAAAAGCGGUGGUCUUUUUAGCUACUAGCUUUCGAAAUUUUGAAGUAAAAUCAUGAUUUUAUUGAUUAUCUUGUAAAAGCUCAGAAAAUAAUCUUGUAGUUUAGUAAUUGCAGUGUUUGCUCCAUUCUGAAAUCUGAUGGCUAAACUAUUUUUGUCUCUCGGGUGUCUUCAUAUUUUUUCUUCUUACUAACACUUUUUGUAUUUCCUCAGAGUAAGCUGUCAGGUGUUUGUAGCUGACUGCUUUAUGUGCUCUUCAAACUACAGCCAGGUUUUCCAGAUUUGUUUGAGAAAAUCUCACGCAGUUUAGUGUAAGUUAUGACGUACACGAUGGUACAGAGUUGUUCUGUUGCAGUAUGCAUUUCUUCCUUACACAUGGAGUUCCACAGCUUUAAGGAUGUCAGUUUACCAGCAGAAAGCAAGGCAUCUUCUAAGAAGCUGAAAUCCGAUCUGAGUUCUGUUUGUUGGAACAUCAUUCAAGUUGGUCUGAAUUAUACAGCACUGAGAAGAAACCAAAGUGUCAGUAAUUCUAUAAACUGUUCAUGUAAUAAUACAUUAAAAAAGUCAGAACCAGUAGUCUUUCCUCCACUUCAUUGUGACACAUUGUUACACAUAAGCCAGAAAUAAAAAGUGUGGUCUCUAGCCACUGUUAGUAUGUUUACUAUUAAAAUGUGGUUGCAGUAAGUGGGAUAAUUUUAUGCAAGGGCAUUUUAUGACGGUUUGGAAUGCUGAUCACACUUUGUCAUUGAUAGUAAAACGGUUGCGUACUAUGCAAGACAUAAUUGGGGUGGGUUUCUAGCUCUGUGUGCGUUGCUGAGAGCUCUUGAGUUUGGAUUUUUCUCUUGAGAGGCACUGAAGGUCUUUUCCCAGAGCUAUAGCUGCAAAUGCUUAGCAUUUUAAAAAUGGACAUAAAGGCAGCAUUGUUAAACAGGUUAAUAAGUAUGCAGAUGCAGCUGAAAAGCAGAUAGCACAGGGCUGCUUUAUACCAGUAGGCAAUUUUAAAACCUUAUGCACCGUUUAGUAUUUUUGUCCACAGCUGUGUGUAACAGACCUGUAUUAUAACAACUCUUUUUCUGAACCUUUAACGACAGCAUUAGAAAGAUGAUACUUUCUCUACUUGUAAACACAGAUAUCUAAGGUCCUGGAUGUUAAAGAACUGCUUAAAUAAUUUGGAUCUUUGGUUCCUUACUCUGUUCCAUAUAGAGUUGCCACUUAUUAAAUGUGUAUGAAAUAAGACUUAAUUUCAGAAAUGUAAUGUGCUCACACCCACACGUCUUUUGUUCUUAUCUUGUAUGAUGUUGCACUUUAGCCUUGACAACUAAUAUGGGAAAAAGUGGAAUUCAUGCUGGUUUCAAGGUCACCCUGCCAGUAUCUAGUUAUAUUAGCUUUGAAGGAGUAGGGGAUUUUGAAACACACAAGUGCCACACUAUGAUGCAUUUCCAGCAAAUGUGCUAAUAUCAAAGCAUAUAUUGUAGUAAUUUAGUGCAGUUUUGAUGCCUCAUAUUUUUCUGAAUACAAAGUUCAUGCUUUGACAUGACAGAGGGUUAUGUCUGGCAACAUUAAUCAUUAGAGGGUUAAAUCCAUGUCGGAAGCCCUUGCUUAUGUUUAUACUUGGUUUAUUGGCAGGUAGAGGACAAUUCAAUGUACACUUUGUGUGUUUCUUCAGUUAUUGAAGUUCAUUGUAAAUUAAACAAAGUCUGCAUGUAUUAAAGCAAUAAAAACAUUGCUUGCCCUGGAAUUUUUACCAUUCCCUGUUUAAAAUCUGUUGUGUUCACUUAAGAAUUUGUGCAUGUUUUACUUAACCAGCCUGUUGCACUCUUCAUUUUUAUAUGAAAUAGACUUGUUUCAACUGCUUGAUUCAGUACAGCAAAUGGAAUGAAGUUCCUUUAAAUCUGACUACUUUUGAAUUGUAAGGUGCUUCAGUCUAGCCAA